CUUGGGAGGUAUCGCAGCGGACGAUUCGCCGGCUGGCUGGCUGCAGUGUUUUGGUCAGCACUGGUCGGUUUUGCCCUACACGCUCUAUUAACCAGGCUUCUCCCUGCACCGAGCACUGCCAAGCAACAACAGAGAGGCACGAGUACGUAAGGGGUCAAUUUCAAAAUGAAAAACGUUACGUACGUACGUAUGGCAGCGGGGCGGCGGCAGGUCGCCUGUGACGUCAUCAAGGAUCCGGGACUCGGUCUGCUCCAGUGUCUCCUCAAUAUUUACAGUAAUUUCCACUGUUUUACAAGACAGCGAAAAAGUGGUGAUGAUGUUAAAACAAGCAAUCAACACACACCGUCACCACUGCGUCUUCAGAAGUGAACAGCCCUACAUUGACCUAUGUACUCCCGCUAACCAUUGCUAGUGGGAGAAAGGAAAGAACUGAGCUGAUGGGCGGUGCGUGUUUUGGCGAAACACUCCCUCCGCCGCUGACAGCUGACGCCUGGCAGCAGCAGUGGCAACAUCAGGGUCAAGGUGCUGGAGACCGUCUAGCGACCCGCACGGUCUGGGUUAACUGUCACGGUGAUGUGUUCUUGACAGCAGGGAAUGAAAGUCUUCAUGAAAGGGAAAGAACUACAGUGUUCAGUUUUUUUAAGACAUUUUUUAAGACAUUAUCAUUUGACAGAUGUACCGCCCCAGUCAAACUCUUUUUCCUGUAUAUAAUGAAAUUAUAUUAAUCCCAUUAUCAUUUAUGGACUUUUAAAUGUUGGAAAAUUGCACUCAAAGAAAACAAGAUGCAGCUCUUACGGAUUCAUUAUCAAAAGCUGUUCAUAUGUAUGUCAUUUGUGAUGUUAGUGUUGGUGUUUGUGAGGGUGUGGGAUGCCAGUGAUGGGUCUCGAGGGCCAAGGCAGACCUUGCCUGCCUCACUAAAAAGCCCAGAAAAGAGUGUUGGCAGUGCAAGGGAGAACAGCAUCAACAUAGACUCCCCAGUGCUGCCCCCCAUCAGGCAUAGAGGCCAUGACAGUAUUAAAACGAAUGUUUUUGCUGAUUUAUUCCAAGAUAUAACUAAGGAAGAGACAUGUCCAUUAUGCUUUGGACAUGACCUGUGUGAGGACGUGUCUGCUGGUUUCCUGUCACUGGCCACGGACACCCCGCAGGCAGUGCAUGGAGCGGCUGUAUAUAGCGCUCAUUUGGGAGACAUGCAGAAACUCUCUGUAAAGAUUCCUACAGGCAGUGGGUUCUCUCUCCUUGAUGAUUCCGUGUGUGUCAAUGCCAGCUUAGGUACAGGCUGUAGCGUUGGCUCUGCUGCCCUUAAGUCCUUUUUAGCAAGGUCUCAGUCUUUGUCACCUCAACUUCUGCAUCAUCUAUUGCGCAUUGUUGGCACUCCACGCAAUCAAUAUCCGUUGUUAAUGUGUCCAAGCAAGAAGUUGUUGAGCAUCAUAGAGCAAUCAUUUGAUGAAAAUGAUGACCGUAGCCUCAAUCAAGAUGAAAGAAUAAUGUUGUACACAACAAUGGCCAUUGCUCCAGAAAUUGCUAUUUACAAGAUACUUACCAAAGCAAACCUUAAUGUGGGAUUCCCUCGGCUGGUGGGUGUGUGUGGACGAGCCCAGGUGCUGGAGGAUGAAUUAACACCAAUGGCCGCAAUGCUGGAUGAAUCCUUCAAUGUCCGAGCCUCACUUGCAGCCCAAAUUCUGACCAUGGUGGAUGACUUCAUGGAAGAUGAUCCAGAAUGGUAUUUGUUCUAUGGCUCAUGGUCUCUGGAUAAGAUGGCCAUCAACAAGGAGGGAGAAGUGGUGCUGACUGACCUUAGUGAUAUGGCUGUUGUGGACAAGAAUCUUUUUCGAGAUGAAUAUGAAGAUGGAACGGAGAGUCGCACACAAGAAGUUUGCAACAAGGAAUGUUUCCAAAAGUUCACAGGAGAAGUGUACAGGGAAGGUCAUGAUACAGAUGAGAUAUGUUCCCGUGUAGAAGAUGUAGGUCACUUGAUGUAUGCUGCUGUGUGUGCUAUGAUCCUUAGUGACAUGAAGCAACACAAAUACGUGGAUUACUUCACUAGCACCUCCAACCUCCAGCAGCAGCCUCGCACCACCAAAGGAUUGCUCCACAACAUCCCUGCAUCUGAUAGAGCCACUGUAGAGGAACUGGUGGCUGAGUGUGUGGAUGAGACAGCACCGGGAGGGAGGCUGCAGGCUGCUCAGGAACUUCGAGACUUCCUCUCAGACUUCUUGUUGGAUGAAGAAGAUGAUGACAAGGAUGAAGAAGGAGAGGAAGAGUUGGAUGGCAAGGAUGAGGAUGGAGAGGAUUAUGAUGAUGACUAUGACUAUGGGGAGGAGGAAGGAUGAGAGGCAAAAUGUGCAGCCUCUGAAGUGUGGAUGAGUACAAGAUGUUGCUUUUUUUUAUAACACCAAUACUUCUUUAUAGCUCCAUAUGAUGUUAUAGUAAUAUGAUCUGCAGUUUUGAAAAGUAUAAGCAAGAAGGAAUCUCGCUGUUGCGCUGGUAGCCAGGCUAUCGCACAUAAUCUGUGAUAAGGUAGUAGAAGCAAUACUUAAUGUCUACUUCAGUUGAUUUGCUCUCCAAUUAGGAAUUUUAUUCAUUGUUUUCUUUAUUGGAUAUUCUUUUGUUGUACUGUUUUAGGUCUUCAGGAAGUUUACUUUUCAUGUGUUGCUUUUUCACUUUUUUAUAAUGCAAACUUUUCUUUUCCAAAUGUGAGGUUUCAUCCAAGGAAGAAGCAGAAAAUCAAAUGAAAUGAAGUCACAAAAGAAAUAUGUAUAAAAAAUCAAAUUUUGCUUCUUUCCUAUUUAUAAGGUAAUAAAGUUCAUGAGAGAGCAGUUCGCAACACAUCUUUUGACAUUUUGAAAAUGCAGAAAUACAUAUAAUAUAAUCUUCCAUUUCUCUUUUUUCAUAAAUUGCCUUUAUUUGAUGAUUGGACCAAGAACUUCACCAGAAUAAGUAACUCACUUCUUUGAUACUAACAGUGACUCAAUCUGCCUUAAAUAAUGUAUACACUCAGUGCAGUGCAGCAAUUUGCAUUGUGUGACAUAACACUCAAGCAAAUGAAUAACGUACCUAGGUCUGAUCUUGUUGAAUUUUAUUUUUAUUUGGUACAUCAAGUAAUUAUUUUGAUAAUAUUAGAGACAGCUGAAUAUACACCAUACUGAAAACUAUCUUUAGGAUUUUCAUUGAGCCAAUUUGACACAACUGAUGAUGAUAUUAGAAAAAUAGUGUUGGGCCUUCGAAAUUGUUGGUAGGCCUUCUAAUCUAGUAUUUCAUGGCUUGUCAAGCAGUUUAUGUAAUGAUAGCUUUUUUUUUUUUUUUUCAUGCAUUUAAUUCAUAGAUGUAGAUAACCACCAAAGGGCAACUAAAGGAAAGCUACCCUCUUUAUUAACAGAUACAUCUCCAUGCACAAAUUCCAACCCUUCCAAGACAUCCUGUAGUGUUACAUUUUACAUCCAUUAGUCAUCUGAAAAAAGAUAGUUUUCAGAAUGAGUGUACAGCUGUAUAUUGACUAUAUUGACACUCCUCUAAUCUUAUAAGAAAUGUAUUUUUAUCAUCAUGAGAUUUGAAAUUUGUAAUGGUAAACAAGCAUAUGCAUUGUCUGCUGGGAUGACAAUCAUGGCAUAAUGAAAUAGGAUUUUAUAUAAUGUGUAUGAACCUAGAAACAAGAAAAAGAAAAGUCUGUAGCACAAAUUUUUAGGUUUGCAACAGCAAUGCUUAAAAACAGUGAGAAUUUUAUAAUAGAAGUACCUACUUAACAAACUGAUUAGAGGUAAUGAAUUUAUAGGAUGUUGAUAUUUUUAGAGAGAUAUGUGUAUUUAUAGUUUAUAUUGUAUAGAUGUAUACAUACUAUAUUUUUGCUUAUUAUUUAUAUUGAUGAGAAUUGGUGGAAAUAAUGCAAAGAAUACCAUGACAUCAGCUUGUUUUUUUUCAUGGUGGGGAAGGGAAUGAAUUGUCCUUUCAAGGAAGACUGCAACAGCAAUAUUAAAUUUAGCAGUCUUCAAACAGUGGCAUAAUGUAUUUCUUGCAACCAAGGAUGAACUCCAUCCCUUGUCUUGCAACAUAUUGAAAUGUCUUCAAAUGUGAGGUAAUGUAUAAUAUUUUAUAUACUUUUAUUGAUUAGAUAUCUUGUUUAUAUGGGGUAUGAGUUUUUGUGAAUGUAAAUUUCUUAGGAUAAGAUAUCCCUUGUACAGGAAAGUCCCCACUAUACAGUCUGGUUGAAUUCUUGGAAUACUGAUUUUUGAAUGAAGGAUCAUGCAACAAGCAUGAUGCAAGAGUUCAGUGGAGGAUAUACUUUAGGGCUUCAUCAUCCCCAAAAAACAUAGAUAUAAAAAUGAACAAGAUAUUCUGUGUACUUGAUUUUUUUUUUUCAUAAAUAUUCAGUAAUGCAUAAACUUAAUAAGUGUUUUUAUUUAUAAGAUCAUAUAUGUAUAGAAUAAAUGCAAAAAUAGGAAUGGAAACCAUUGUUGCAUUUUCUGGUGUAGCAUUUAAAGGAAAGUGGCAAGUGUUUAGAUCUUGAAUAGAAUUUGAGAAUUAAUACUUCGUGAUCAUGAAAGUUCACCUGUUAGAGUAUGCAAACAUCAAGCAUUCUGAAAGGAGCAUGGCCCUUGCCAUUGUAAGAAAUGGCCAAAUGAAUUCAUAGCAUGCUAAAUCCUCCCUUACAACAUGAAAAAAAUUCUUUCUUUUAUACUUGAAUAACACCUUCAAGAUUUGCAAAAAUUCUUAGUGUCUUCUUUCACUUUCAUAAAGCCUGCUUUUUCUUAUUUAUUUACCUAUUAUUUUAUCAAUUUAUUUUCAUAGAAGGAAAGAGAACACCAUGUGUUAUUGUGGAAAACUUCUGAAAGUGGCACAGUUGAUGCAUGGGAGAUGGUGGAUGAGUGGCUCUAGAAAAUGAGAACAGAAGUGACUGGAUGCUUGUGCAGCUAUACCAAAAUGUUAUCCAUGAGUGACUGAGGAAUUUCAGACACUAAAUGUAAGAGGAAAGAGUGAUGGAACAACAAUCUUCAAGUGGAGAAUCCUAUGAUAGAUGUUUGUACAAGUUGGAAUUCUUGCUUCUGUUUUAAGAUUUUAUUUAUGUAUAAUAAUGUAUGUUUCUUUUCUCUUGUUGCAGAGUAAAACAUUAUGAUCACAUUUCACUGAAAAGGUAUAAUUAAAAAUAAUAAUUUA